AGGCGGGGACGGCGACGGGGGCGGGGGCCGCGGGCGGUCUCCUCGCGGCUGUCGCGGGGCCAACCCAAAGCCCCGGAUCCCCGGGAGCUGCGCUUCCCGCGCGGGGCGCCGGAGUAGGGCGGGCCAAGCCGGCCUGCGGCUGCGGCAGGAGGAGGGGCUAGCAAAGCACCCCUGAGCGGGCCCAGGCGCGGGAGGCCGGGGCUCGCUGCAACUUCUCUUUGGAAGCCCCUACACUAGCCCGGGCCCGCGCGCGCGCUCCCCCACGGCCACGCGCGCACCCUGCCGCCCGCUCCUCCGCGCGCCCUCCGUCUAUUUUUUCCCUCUUCCUUUCAUCCUCACACUCUAAAAUAGGUCAAGGGGUGGAAGUUACACCUGGUGCAGCCCUCGGCUCUGAUGCAAAAGCAGCUUUUGCCCCUGGCUGCGGGACAGCAAUGUGACUACUCGCAUCGGGAGAGCUGCUGCCCGUCCCCACACCGUGCAGAAAGCGCCGGCGACUCGGGUGCUGACAAUGGUCUGCAGAGGGGAGCGGAGAGAAGCCUCUGUUCCACCCUAGAUCCGCCGCCUUGGCGCCCGCCCGCGGGGAGGAGGGGGCGCGACAAGUCAUCUAGCGCGUGCUCCGGAGCCCGCGCCCGGGUCCGGCCGCCUGGGGCCUGUGCUCCCUUCAGAGACUCACACCAGUGGUUUAUCAUGAGAAGGACUGCACUAUUUGAUUUCACUCCUACAAGUUUUCAUUGACGUUACACAUUGAGAAAGUUAUGAGAAGCAACUGUCACUCUCUUGAGGUGGAGACUGCCGUGAUUCACAAAGACAAGAGGAUGGAUCAUGAAGCCGCCCAGCUGGAGAAGCAGCAUGUGCACAACGUGUACGAGAGCACAGCCCCUUACUUCAGUGACCUGCAGAGCAAAGCGUGGCCUCGUGUCCGCCAGUUCCUCCAAGAACAGAAGCCGGGCAGCAUCAUCGCAGACAUAGGUUGUGGGACUGGAAAGUACCUUAAGGUGAACAGCCAGGUACAUACCGUGGGCUGUGACUACUGUGGGCCACUGGUAGAGAUUGCCCGGGAUAGAGGAUGUGAAGCCAUGGUAUGUGACAACCUUAAUCUCCCCUUUAGGGAUGAGGGCUUCGAUGCCGUCAUCUCCAUAGGAGUCAUACAUCAUUUUUCUACGAAACAAAGAAGAAUCAGAGCAAUAAAAGAAAUGGCCAGGGUCUUGGUUCCUGGAGGCCAGCUGAUGAUUUACGUUUGGGCAAUGGAGCAAAAGAACCGUCGCUUUGAGAAGCAAGACGUGCUCGUUCCAUGGAACAGGGCCCUGUGUUCCCAGCUCUUCUCAGAGUCCAGCCAGUCUGGGAGGAAGAGGCAGUGUGGACACUCAGAAAGAAGCCAUCCCUACCAUCCUCCUUGCUCUGAGUGUAGCUGUUCUGUUUGUUUUAAAGAGCAGUGUGGUUCAAAACGGUCCCACAGUGUGGACUAUGAACCUGCUAUGGCAAGAACUUGUUUUGCAAAUAUUUCUAAGGAAGGAGAGGAAGAAUAUGGAUUCUACAACACAUUAGGAAAAUCAUUUCGUUCCUGGUUUUUCUCCAGGUCUUUGGAUGAGUCAACUCUGAGGAAGCAAAUUGAAAGAGUAAGACCCUUGAAAAACACAGAAGUUUGGGCCAAUAGCACUGUAACAGUCCAGCCUUCCAGACACUCUAGUUUAGACUUUGAUCACCAAGAGCCAUUUUCAACAAAAGAGCAAAACUUAGAUGAGGAAGUGUUUGUGGAAUCUUCUUCUCGAAAACACUUAGAGUGGCUGAGAGCAACAGGCACUCUGAAGCAUUUAAAUGGAGAUCAUCAAGGAGAAAUGAGGAGAAAUGGAGGGGGGAAUUUUCUGGAUAGCACUAAUACCAGUGCGAAUUGUGUGGAUGCAGGUAACUUAGAAGAUGAUAAUCCUUCUGCUAGUAAAAUAUUGAGAAGGAUUUCUUCAGUCGGUUCCACAGAUUCCAACGCAGAUGAUACAAUGUCUGUCGAAGAUCCACAGCCUGAUCUUUUGGACUCCAGAGCCUUUAUGCGCUACUACCACGUGUUUCGAGAAGGGGAGCUCUGCAGUCUGCUCAAGGAGAAUGUAUCAGAGCUCCGUAUCCUGAGUUCUGGAAAUGAUCAUGGUAACUGGUGUAUCAUUGCAGAGAAAAAGGGAAGUUGUGAUUGAUUGGAUCCUUUUAGACAACUCCUCCAAAAGACGAACCACAUGUUUUUCACUAGGUUUGAUAUGGUUACCUGAAUUUGCAUUCAGUGUUAUUGGUUAAUACAUUUAUGAUUUGGUCUGCAGAGACUGUGAAUUAUAUGGUUGUUUUUGUUUUUAUCUUUGAAUAAGCACAGAUCCUGGCACUGAAAGCACUUGAGAAAGGGUAUUUGUGCUUAAAUGUUAAUAUAAAAGAUCUGAAGAAGCAACAGAAAAUGCCCUUCAGUACAGCUCAGAUUUUUUUUUAACCCCUGAGAGAUAAAAUACAUUUAUAGUGUUUUUCAGUGUUACACAUGGAUUUAAAAAGAUGAUGCUGUUAAAUAAUCUUUUAAAACAGUAUUUUUAUAAAGUGAGGGGAUAAUUUCUGGUUCUCAGGUUAUAACUGAGAGCAGUGUGCAAGAUAAUAGGUAAACUUGAUCCAUUGCACAAAUAUACAUUGAACCAUGUGAUGACUUAUCUUGCUGCCAAGGUCUUGCUUCUACUUAAAGUUUUCAGAAAACUGAGUAACAGUAGAGAGAACCAAGAAGUGUUACAAGGACUUUUCUAAAUUGUAAGCUAACUUGCUUCAAAAUAAGUUGACAUGUGAUAGUAAGGUUUUCAAUGUAACCCAGGAGGUUUUUAAAGGCACUGUUAGGCUGAGCAUGGUGGCUCAUGCCUGUAAUCCCAGCACUUUGGGAGGCCAAGGCAGAAGGAUCACUUGAACCCAGGAGUUCAAGAGUAGCCUGGGCAACACAGCAAGACCCCAUCUCUAUAAAAAAUUAGCCAGGUGUGGUGGUGCAAGCCUGUCAUCCGCACUACUCAAGAGACUGAGGCAGGAGGAUCACGUGAGUCCAAGAGUUCAAGGCUGCAGUGAGCUAUGAUUGCACCACUGCACUGCAGCCUGGGCAGUACAACAAGACUCUGUCUCAAAAUAAUAAUAAUAAUAAUAAUAAUAAUAAUAAAGGCAUUGUUAGCUUGUAAGUAGUGGAGGAUGUAGGUACUAGUAGUUAUAUGCAAGUACCCAAGUAGUAUUCUUCCAAUCUUAUUAGAAGCAUGAAUAUUCAAGAUUGAUAUUACUAUUGCUUAUUAGCAAGAUUGUUAUCAGUCAUGCUUAUUAGAAGCAUGAAUAUCCAAGACCAGGAUUGACUAAUGAUGAGUCUGCAUCAAGAACUAGGCAUUUCUUUUGAGUUGACAGACUCUUUAGGAAAGGAGAAUCUAGGUGAAGCACUGAUUUUGGCUCUGAGAACAAACAGAUUAAGGUACAGCAUAGUUAGCCUUGGUAGAGGUAUGACUGGGAUUUGCUGUAUCCUUUAAAAUAGUAUCUGGGCAUUUAUUUUAUUGAAGGCAACUAUAUUUUAUUAGUUAUGUUAGGAAUUUAGGUAGAAUCAACUUCUACUUAUUAAAGGUUGAAUUUCUGUCACUUUGUAGAGAAAUGAAUAGACUGGACACUGUGUGGUCAGUGUUUAGAUUUGCCCAUGGGUCUGUUUAAAUCUAUGUCAUGGAUCCUGAGACAUAUAUAAUUAAGACAGGUCUAGAGACAGGAGAAGCAGAAAUAAGCUGACCCAGGAGUACAGUCUCAAGUAGUUCAUGAAUGAGAAAAUGGACAUCUGGCAAGAGUCUUUUUACUUUAUCCUGGCUGAAAAUCCAAAUCUUGUUUUAUUUUUUCCACUAAAAGUAACUAAAAUAAUAACGAAUUUCAUUUGUUCUUGGGUUCUUUUUUCCUUUAAUGAUUGUGCUAUAACUUAAAAUAAUCAUGUUACUUUUGAACAUUUUUAAAGCAUAUCUGAAAACGAUUGAUGUUUAUAACUCUCUUUUGGCUUCAAAAUAAGAUUGUGUUAUCACCAUUUUGAUAGAUGAGGUUGUCUCAUGAAAAUGAUGUAUAUGACUUCUACCGUUCAGUGUACAUCCUGCAGUAGUGGACGAUUGAAAACAUAUAUAAGCGGAGUAUAAAUUAAAGAUUAAUUUGGUUUCUUCUAUUCCUUAAUUUAGCAUGUUAAACCAUGACUGUAAGGGAUUUUCUUGGUAAAAAGAGAAGAUUCUCAGAGUCAAAAAUGUUCUUACAACUCGGGCUUGAUGGCCUUUGAAUUAGGAAUAGAUUGUUCCUCUCUCUGAAGCCUGUUUUCACAUGGGUUUUUAAUCCUGGCCUUGCUGCUAGAAAUCUGUGCUUGAAGUCGUCUCUUUCUGGUGGUAACCUACCACUUAAAAGUCAUGACGUGGUGGAACUCAGUUUACGAGACUCUUUAGCCUUUGAGCUAAACUGAGCAACCUCUUAGAUGUACACACACCACUUUGUAUGAAAGGGUUCUCUAGAAUGGUUCUUUGGAGAGAAAUAUUUUCAGGUAAUUUUGACAGGGGUGUAAAUAAAGCAUGGUGACUAAUAACUCUUUCACUCUUCAUCUGAUGAACAUAAGAAUCUAUGCAUCCAGAUAUUAUUUUGUAUACAAAUAUUUAACUUGGUGAUUGACAAUCUCUCUUUGGGGUAGUCACAUGGAAAGCUCUUUUAAAUUUAACUUCUGCCUUUGGAUUUUUUUUUUUUUUAAAAAAGCCAUUGAAGAGCAAAACUAAUGUAAAUGUCUUGAUCAUUUAAAAAGUUUACUAGUCCUCGAAAGGAAACAUGAGUCAUCAGUGAGUAUAAACGUAGACAGUUGAUUUGUGAAUGCUGUCGGCCUCAACGUGCUUGAUAAUAGAUUCUACCGAUCUAGCUGGAGUGAUUUGAUCACUUACUUCCUUAUUAACACUAGAUCACACAGUGUCUUUCUUAUUCCCUCUUCUUUACUUACUGGCAUGAGCACAGAGUCCCACUAUCUGAAAGAGAAGGGAGAAUUUGGGGGAUUAUUGGAGGAUUCUUACAAACUUGGUUGGCAGCUGGGCACGAUGGCUCAUGCCUGUAAUCUCAGCACUUCAGGAGGCCGAGGUGGGUGGAUCAACUGAGGUCAGGAGUUUGACACCAGCCUGACCAACAUGGUGAAACCCCGUCUUUAUUAAAUACAAAAAAUUAGCUGGGUUGGUGGUGCAUGCCUAUAAUCUCAGCUACUUUGGAGGCUGAGGCAGGAGAAUCGCUUAAACCUGGGAGGCGGAGAUUGCAGUGAGCCGAGAUUGUGCCAUUGCACUCCAGCCUGGGCAACAAGAGUGAAACUCCAUCUCAAACAAAACAAAACAAAACAAAACAAAACAAAACUUUGUUGGCUUCCUGAUGCCUCACUGUCUAUUUGAGGAAUUCCAUGGAAUCUUCAAAGGAUUUGGGGGAAAGUGCAUUAACGUGGACAAAGGAUGGAAUCAAAAUAAUGUUAUAGUGGGAAUAAUUCCAGCACCUAUUUAAUUUUUUUCCAAUUGCCAGCAUAGUGAUGAUAUGAUACCAGCAUAUCAAAGUAACUAACAAACUAGCUACACAAACAUCUUGGAGUUUGGUUUGGUUCUCUUUUCUCAUCACAGAUCUCUGUGCAGAAUAGUGCUAAUCCUUAUUUCUUGUUUGCCUUUCUAUUUCCUUCCAAAUUCUACAUGCCAAGAAUUCCUCUGUCUUUUAAGUGGCCAUCAACUCAAUAGGCAAAAAUUUGGAAUAAUCCAGAGAAAAAAACAAUCCAGAUAUAAACCAGGUAGGAACAUGAAUGGCCCUGAAUAUUAAUGACCCCCCCCCAAAAAAGGCACUGGUGAAUUUUUAAAUUAAAUUAAUACAUAUAUAUGUACAUAUGUAUGGGUUUGUAGGAGAACAGAAGGUCUAACUCAGGAGUUGGACUUGGUGGGGGAGGGCACAGGUUAAAUGUGAGCUGUGAGCACCCAGUUUGGGAGGAAGGAGGAAAUGGGAACCAACUGCCAGUCAAGCAACUGCAGUCUAAGUAGAACAAAUUAAGGCAGGCCUCAGCAUCUCUUUCCGAUUACAUAGAAAAUCUGAAAUAAGAAUAGCUGUGAACAUUUCUUAAUAUACAACAUUCAUUAGUUUAUAUGCAGUCCUCACCACAGCCCUCCAAGAUAAGUAUACUUAUUGUUCCCAUUUUGCAGAUGAGGAAAACUGAGGCAGAAAGAAAUUAAAUUGCUUAAGGUUACACACAUAGUAGGUAUUACACAUUUAGUCAGAGGCAGAGCUGGGAUUCAAACUCAGGUCUGGCUCCUAGCCUCUGCUCUUAACCACAACACCAUAUACUCCCACCCCUGGGCCCAGCUCAUGUGCUUGGCAGAGUAUUAGAGCCUUUCAAGGUAAGUGUGAUUAUCCGCUUUACAAAUGAACUUUGGAAAAGUUAAGCAAAGAUUACACAGCUAGACAGUAAUUCAAUAGUAGUCUUUUACCUAUUUUUCCUUUUAUUUUUUCAUUUGUAAAUCUGUUUUAAUUUGAUUUGAAUUCAAAAAUAGUACUUGAUUGCAAAAUAUUCUGGGACCACUUUUCUCCAACUCUUCAACUUUUCAACAAUUAUAUUAUUGUUUUCCCAUUUUAUAAGUAAGGCAACUGAGGACUAUUCAGAUAUUUCAUUCACUCCAUUUGUUUACUAGGCCCUGCUGUGUGCUGGAUACACAAUCUGCUGUGUGCUGGAUACAUAUGAUACAAAGGAAUGACUAUCUGGCAUCUUGAAGGUACCCAGAAUAUUGGACUUAAUUGACCUGAAGGUGCCAAGCUGGAACAUUCUUCAUAUUCCCUGUGUGCCUAUUACCAAGUUAUAUUGUUUAGUUUGAGAGAAAAAAAAAAAAAACCCUCCCUUAGAGAAUCAC